UGUGGUUGUACGUCAGGGUUUCCUAGAAUUUGGAUUGGCGGAGUCGUCUGUGGAUUUUUUGUCUUAAAUUUUGUGGACAGUCGGAGCGAGAGCCUAGAGGGCCGGGGUGCCGAGAGAAAAAUAAAUAUUAAAAAUUAAAUAAAUAAACUAUACAAAAACAACAAGAGACUUGCCAGUUGUAUCGAAGAGCGACGCAGCGAGGCUGUUUGAGUGAAAGAGACUGAGAAUAAACGAAGGAAAGAGGGUCGAAGCUGCGUUGGGAAGUGUAUAGAUUCCCUCGGCCAUGAACUCGAACGUGGAGAACCUGCCCCCCCACGUCAUCCGGCUGGUUUACAAGGAGGUGUCGUCCCUCGCUGCCGACCCCCCCGAGGGGGUGAAGAUCUACCCCAACGAGGAGGACCUGAGCGACCUGCAUGCCUCCAUCGAGGGACCAGAGGGAACCCCAUUUGCGGGGGGCGUGUUCCGGAUGCGCCUGGUCCUAGGGAAGGAUUUCCCCGCCUCGCCGCCCAAGGGUUACUUCCUGACCAAGAUCUUCCAUCCGAACGUGGGUCCGAGCGGAGAGAUCUGUGUGAACGUGCUGAAGAGGGACUGGAGAGCGGAGCUGGGGAUCAGACACAUCUUACUGACGAUCCGGUGUCUGCUCAUCCAUCCGAACCCAGAGUCGGCUCUGAACCCAGAGGCUGGGCGCUUGCUGUUGGAGGGGUACCCCGCCUUCGCAUCGCGGGCACGUCUGCUCACCGAGAUCCACGCAAUUGGGGGGGCUGAGGGAGGGGGGCCCCCGCAGCCCAAGAAGCACGCCGGCGAGCGGGGUAGCCGGGGGGUGGGCGGGGGGGGCAGUGGCAAGAAGAAAGGGGGGGAGAAGAAACGAGCGCUACGCAGACUGUGAGAGAGAGAAAGAGAGGACCGGACGGGGGACCCCAAACCAGCACCCUGCACCCGCCACACCGGACUACUGCACACCUUUAUUGAUUCACAUAAACAAACUGUCAGUCUCUGUGAGUACCCCUCAGACUGGCCCCGUCCCCCUCAAACUGCAUUCACUUUGUUUAUUAAAUGUGUGUUUCUGGUUUUUAAAGCCUCUCAUUAGGGCUGUGUCGAUGUGCUCUCGAUCCGCUGGGAUCUGCAUCACUGUGCAGCCACCGUGCUGACUGGCUGCUUGUAUAUGAUGCAGGACUGGUUAUUCUCAACAGCAGGUCACAUGUGCUGCACUCAAAACCCAAAGGACUACAGCUCCCGUUAGCCCUCACUGUUACUGCCAGUGGAGAGGCAUGCUGGGGGCUGGAGUUUUUAUUCAGGUUCUGUCUCUGGCAGUGUUUUACAAUGUAAACGGAUUCAGCAGCCAACAUGUUCUUUCACGGUUUUUAUUCUGAUUCUCUUGACCAGCAGUGUUACCAAUGCAUACGCUAACCUCUCCUUCCAGCCACCUGUCUAAAGAACUACAGCUCCCAGCAGCCCUCACUGUCACUGCUGGUGCAGAGGCAUGCUGAGAGUUGUAGUUUAACUACUGAUAAAGGCUGGUCAAGGCUUCUUUUAAAAUCUGUUUCUUACCUCAUUAGCAAAAAGCAACACCAUCAAUGCUGCCUUAGAGGCAAGAGAAUGGGUUUUAAAGGUGGUCAGCACUUUUGUUUUUUUUUUUAAGGAGGGGCCAGUUAUAUUAAUAAAGCUAAUAAGAAGUAAGAGAAUGGGUUUUAAAGUGCUUGGCACUCUUCUUAAAGGACAGUGAUCCUUUCACUAAAGCUGAUUCUAACCUGUGUCGCAGGGUGCAGCAUUGUAACGAACGCCCGCUUGUUUCUCUCCUCUCUCUCUCACUGUAAAUGUUUGUAAAUAAACAGAAGACUAAUCUAGUAUACUAGCAAACCUGCUUUCUUUUGUUAAGGUUCAGUUACUGCAGUUUUUUCCCAUUGUUUUUAGUUUUCAGUGUAACUCCAUGCCCUUGCCUGUGUAAUAAUGACUUUGAUAUGUUUGUAACUGCCCCCAGCCCCCAUCAUGGGGUGUGGAAGGUGUGUGAAGACCCUUUUUAUAUCAGCUCCAGCCCCCACUCCACCGCCCCUGACAGUUGGAUCCCGUGAUCAUGUUGCUGGUGCUAAUAAGAAGGAAGAUGGGAUUUAAAGCCCUGGUUAUCUCAAAGAACUACCACUCCCAUCUCCCUCUGCCAUUGGAGCUGGUGCAGUUGCAUACUGGGAGCUGUAGUUUCUCUGGCGGUGCGGUUCUAUUGUAAACAGGAAUUGUCCAGUGCAGUCAGUACCACAACCAGCCACCUGUGUGAAAGACUACAGCUCCCAUGACCCUUCACUGGUACUGUGACUGCGCAGGCAUGCUGGGAGUUGUUUUUUCUGAUUGUCUCCAUGGUUCAAACCCUGUAUAGAAUUACAGCUGCACAGCAUUAUGUGACAGCCUCUUUCAACCACUAGAGGGAGCUUUGCUUCUGAACAGACUCCUAAUGGUAUUUGUUUCUGACUUGAGGAAGGUGUGGUUUCAGAAAUGACCACUAGGGGAGGGCAGCUGGGAUUCCUGUCCUCCUUCUGUGUGAAGCAGGGAUUUCAUACAGUGUUUGUCUGGCUGCUAGGAUUCUCCAGACAAGCUUGAAACAGCUCAGCCAGGUAAACAGUAAUGAAUGUCUGUUCACACACUCCAGGGUAUUAAACAGGAGAGACCCACACUAUAGGAUAUUAAACAGGAGAGACACACACACUAUAGGAUAUUAAACAGGAGAGACACACACACUAUAGGAUAUUAAACAGGAGAGACACUAUAGGAUACUAAACUGUUUUUCUAGCUCUCAGUAAAGUAGUUCAAAUACUGGCACGGCUGGUUUCACAGGCGGGGGGGUUAAGGGGGUGUGAUGUAUUGGGUGAGGGAGGGGCGCUGAAAGACAAUGUAUUUUCACUUUUCUAAAUUGUGCGUCAAAUUCUGCUUUUUUUUUUGUUUGUUUUUUAUUCUUGUUUACAUUAAGUUAUUUAAGUUAACUAUAUAAAAAAAAUAAAGGAAAAAUGAAAUGCUA